AUGAGUGACAAAGUAUUACCGAAACUAAAAUGCCAUUUCGACAAUAAAUGCAAUAUUGAUUCAAUCACCAGAAAGUUUUGCUCAAGGUGUCGAUUAGACAAAUGCCUGGCCAUCGGCAUGAGACGGGACUGGAUAUUGAAUGAAGAGGAACGGGAGCUCAAAAAGCUUAAGAUAUUAGCGAACAAAAAACGGAGGGAUAGUAAUCAAUACAAUAAUACUAGCGAUGAAAGUACAAAAUCAUUGAUAGACUCAUCACCGGAAACAUCGCACGGAAACCAAAUCUCAAACACCAAUAAUAACACAAAUAAUGAUAUUUUAUAUGAAAUACUCGAUGACAACAGUAUUAGUGCCGAUGCCCUUAGCGAGCAAAUUAUGGAUAUAGAGAGCACUGCCGUCGAGUUUACUGUUUCAGUGAUACCUAUCGCGCGACCUCUAAGUGAAUGCAACACUGGUUUCAAUGAAAGGGAAACUUAUUUAUUGAAUGAAUUGAUAACAACUGCCCGAUGUAUGGUCACUCCGUUUAGCAGUAACAUCAAAGGCCUGGACAAUAUGUAUGACUUUCAUCAGACUUUCGCAACCAAAUUUGACAGAUGUAUCAGAAAUAUAACAACAUUCGUGAAAGGGUUGUCCACAUUCAGGGAUAUCUACUGUGAGGACCAGAUCUUACUACUGAAGUACGGGUGCCUUGAAGUCAUAUUCUUGAGGUCUAUCAAAUGUUUUGAUUACACGGAUAAUGUGAUCAAAAUUCCAAUGGACCCGGAUAACCAAAUUAUGUCAUCAAUAACUUUGUUCAAUCCGGAUAUUCCCAACCUUGCUAAUAGAGAUGUUAUCAAAGAGGCUCAGAGGAAGGUUACGAUGGAAGACACGCCGAAGACAUUGAUUCCGCCACUACUCCAAGAGAUCUUUGAUAUCGCACCUGCAAAAACUUUGGUGCCGUAUCGUGACUGGAUACUUAAUGAAGAGGAACGGGAGAUGAAAAAACUCAAGCGAUUAGAAAACAAAAAGUGGAGGGAUAGUCAUAAUAGUGCUAAUAAUACUAGUAUUACAUGCGAUGAAAGUCCACAAUCAUUGAUAUACUCAUCACCGGAAACAUCACAUGAAAAUCACAUCUCAAACACCAAUCAAACCGUAAAUAAUGAUAUUUUAUACGAAAUACUCGACGACAACAAUAUCAGCGCCGAUGCCCUCAGCGAACAGAUUAGGGAUAUAGAGAGCACUGUUACCAACGAUUUCAUUGAUAAUAUUGUGGACAAUAGCUUUGAUAAGCCAAAUACCUCACCACCAUAUGUGCAACAAAUUGCUUGUUAUAACGUGUCAAAUAAGACAAUCGAAAAGGCCGUCGAGUUUGCCGUUUCGGUAAUACCUAUCGCACAACCUCUAAGUCAAUGUACCGCUGGUUUUAAUGAAAAGGAAAUUUAUUUAAUGAAUGAAUUGAUGACAACAAUCCGAUGUCUGGGCAGUCCGUACAGCAGUAAUAGCAGAAAUCUGGACAAUAUCUAUGACUAUGACUAUCACCAAACUGUUACCACUAAAUUUGACACAUGUAUCAGAAAUCUGACAAAAGUUAUGAAAGAGUUGACGGCAUUCAAGAAUAUCUGUUGUGAGGACCAGAUCUCACUACUGAAGUACGGGUGCUUUGAUGUCAUAUUCUUGAGGUCUAUCAUGUAUUUUGAUUACACGGAUAAUGUGUUCAAAAUUCCUUUGAUGACUUCAAUAGCUAUAUUCAAUCCGGACCGUCCAAACCUUGCUAAUAGAGAUGUUAUCAAAGAUGCUCAGAGAAAACAUAUGAUUGAAGACACGCCGAAGACAUUGAUUCCGCCACUUCUGGAGGAGGUCUUUGAUAUGACACCUGAUUAUCAGUCGGACUAUUCGCUCACGAGUUUAUAG